ACAUCUAUCAACAUGACUGGCCGCGGCAAGGGUGGUAAGGGUCUUGGAAAGGGUGGCGCCAAGCGUCACCGCAAGAUCCUUCGUGACAACAUCCAGGGUAUCACCAAGCCCGCUAUCCGUCGUCUCGCUCGCCGUGGUGGUGUCAAGCGUAUCUCUGCCAUGAUCUACGAGGAGACUCGUGGUGUUCUGAAGACCUUCCUUGAGGGUGUCAUCCGUGACGCUGUCACCUACACUGAGCACGCCAAGCGCAAGACCGUCACUUCCCUCGAUGUCGUCUACGCCCUGAAGAGGCAAGGACGUACUCUGUACGGUUUCGGUGGUUAAACGAUUUUUCUUUUUCGGAAUGCCAUCGUGCGCGGUCGACGCGUCUGUCUCCGCGCGACGCGGCGGUUUGCUUUCUCGGAUUGGUUUACGGUAUGACUGGGACGUUGGGGUGUUCUCUGAAUAGUUUUAUUGCAAUCAUGGGUCUCUGGGUUUCUGUUUUUAUGCCGCAUUUUCUUUAUACCAUCACAUCCACUAUUAGACCGACCGGUGGUCGUGCGGUUGAAAGUUGCUGUAUCAUAAGCGGCCAUUGUUCAUGAAGCUGGUACCUGGGCCGGAGUUAUGCACGUCACGCUCUCCGAUGUCGAGAAGCGGUCCAACUAUGAAUAUGAUCAGUUAAAAUAACUUCAAA